GAUUUUUAGUUUCUGAUUAAUUUUAAGAUAAAAAGUUAAAAAAAAUUUUUUAAGUAUAUCUAAAAAAAUAGUAAAACUUUUACAAUGCGUUUCACACAGUACUUACUAGUUACGUGUAUAACGUUAUUAAUUGAUAAUUGCAUUGGUUUUAAAUAUAUUGGAUCUAAACAAUUAUUAUAUGAAUAUAUUGGAAAAGUAUCUGUUGGUGCUAAACCACCACAGGAUUUAAAUGAAAAAUCAUCUUUACCACCACCAACAACCGGUUGGACUGUAAAAGGAAGAUUAACAUUACAAAAACAAAGUGAAAAUACUUUAGCAGCUGCACUUGCUAUCGAGGAAGUCACAAUAGAUAAUACAGGAGAAAAAUUUCAUCAAAAUAAAGAAAUGCAUCCACCAUAUAAACCAUUCAAAAUAGUCAUCGAUGGUACAACAAAUAAAAUAUCACAUUUAAUAUUCAAAGAAUCUGAUCCAAUAUGGUCUACAAAUUUUAAAAGAGCUAUUGCAUCAACAUUACAAUUACAAUUAAAUAAUGGUGGAUCAUCAGCUUUUUCAAUCGAUGAAAAAGGUAUUCACGGCAAAUGUCCUACAGAAUAUUAUAUAACAGAUAGAAAAGAUCAUCUUGUUGUUCGAAAAACACCAGAAUUAAAAGCUUGUUCUCCAUUUUAUGAAGGAAUUCAUUUACGAAGGAGUAAUGUACCAGCUAAUUCAUGUGAAUUUGAUUUUCAAAAGAAUGUUAUAAUUGGAAAUGAUGCUGUUUUUGAAUUAUAUCCACAUUCAGAACAUGAAUAUUUAAUGAAAACAGCUAGUGUUAAAGGAAUCACAUUAAUUCAUACAUUUGAAUCAACUGGAGAAGCACAAUAUGUUGAUUCAGAACUUAAAUUAAAUUUUCUGAAUGAAACUGAUUUUGAUAUACCAAUUGAUAUUGAAACUGGUAUGUCGGAAAUGGAAAGUAAUUUACAAUUAUUAGCUUUAGAUGUAAAUGAUCCAACAGCUGGUCGAUUCCAACCAAAACAAGAAGAUUUAAUUAGAAAUGCUUCAUCAUAUUUAAAUAAAUUAGCUGAAAAUUUAGAAACAAUUGAUUUAAAAUUUGAUGAACCAUAUGAUAGCAUAGUUUCAGAUAUUAUAAAAGUAUUAUCUCAUUUAGAUUACACAUCAUUACAAACUUUAUAUAAUGAACUUGAUAUUGGUACAUCAUAUAGGCAAGAAACGAUCCGAAAUAUAUUUUAUGAAAUUUUACCAAGAGUUGGAACAAAAUCAUCAGUUCUUUUAACAAGAGAUUUAAUAAUGGUCAAACAAUUAAAAGCAGCAACAGCUGUUCAAUUAUUAAUUUCAUUCCCAUUUCAUAUUUAUGAUUUAUCUGUUGAUUUAGUUAGAGAAUGUGAAGCAUUUUUAUCGUUAGGACCAGAUCGUCCUGAUGUUCGUCAGGCUGCUAUAUUAAGUUAUGCAACAUUAAUUUAUAAUGUAUUUGUAGCGAAAAAGAUGACCAAUGACGAAUUUGAAGAAUAUGUCCAAAAAUAUUUUAAUUUUUACUUAAAUGGCCAUGAUUAUGAACAGAAAAUGCUAUAUCUUCAAGGUCUUGGUAAUUUACAACUUGGAAACGUUGCAAAUUAUUUAGAUCCUAUAAUUAAAGAUCCAAAAGAGAAUUCUGAUCUAAAAUUUUUAGCAGCUUGGACAACAAUGCCUUUAGCUUAUACUAGAUCAGAUAAAGUAAAUAUUUAUGAAAUUUACUGGCCAAUUUUUGAAUCAAAUAAAGCAACAUUAGAAUUAAGAGUAGCUGCUUUAACUUUAUUAAUAGUAUCUAAACCAACUCCAGCACGUUUAAUUAGCAUACACAGAAUAAUAAAAGAUGAAACAGAUCCACAUUUAAUAAAUUAUUAUAGAACAACUAUUAAAAGUAUAUCGGAAACAACAUAUCCGUGCUAUCAACCUUUACGUCGUCUUCUAUCAUAUAUGCAUCGUCAUUUACCACCAGCUCCAGCAUCACGUUAUUGGGUUACUGGAAAUUAUAUAUUUGAUUAUCGUGAUUCAAAAUUUGGUAUCGGUGCUAUGUUACAAGCAUUUUUAGUUGGUGAUCCUAUAUCAGAUUUACCAGUUGUUGCAUAUUUCAAAUUUGAUACUGAAGCUUUAGGAAAAUUUACUGGACAAUUAGCACUUUAUAUAAAAGCAAGAGGUUUAUCAGAUGCAUUUUUAAAUCGUUUUCGUAAAUUAGAUUUGGAAAAGAUUAAAUUAAUAAAUUUAGUGGAAAUUUUUGAAAAAAUGAAUAUACCAAAAAUUAAUUCAACACCAUUACAUUUAGAAUUUAUAAUACAAAUCGAAGGGAAAACAGUUUUAUCAUAUUAUUUAAAUCAGAAAACUUUUGUUAAUUUAAGUUAUGGAGAUUUGAUUAGCAGAUUAAAUAUUUUAUUUUUGGCUGAUAGUCAUAUAAAUAUGCAAACUGUACGGUGGCCAUUUAUGACUAAAUUUGCUGUUCCUACUGUUCUAGGAACUCCUGGCGACGUAUUAAUUCAAAAAACAGUAUUAACAUCUCUUCGUGGCAAUAUUAGUCAAAUAACAACAACAGAUUCAAUAACAAGAUCUCAUGAAAUUGAUGCCAGAUAUAAUUCAUAUGCAUCUUGUAAAUCACGUAGUUAUAAUCCAUUUUUAAAUUUAGAUCAUGAAAUUAAUCGUGAACAGGGUAUUUUAGUUUAUUUUCCAGUUAAUAAUGAAAUAACAAUUAAUAUUACUGAUUUAUGCUUAAAAUUUUCAUUUUCAAGACCACCAAAUUCAGUUAGUGGUCUAACAUUUAAAUCACGUUCUGUAACAAUAACAAAAGGUAUUAUUACAAAUAAUAAACAAUUUAAAGAAUUAAUAUUACAACCAAGAAAACAAAAUACAUUAAAUCUACUUGAAUAUGAUAUAAAGGAUUUAGGAAUUUCAAUAUCAGUAAAUACAAAUGUUGAAGAUCUUAAUAGUUAUAGAACAAUGUUUUUGAAAUUGGAUUUUACUGAAAAUGGAUUUACAAAAAAUAUUUUAAUUAAUGGUGUCAUGUAUUUAUUUUCAAUUGCACAAUUAAGUUCAAUACAUAUAGGAUACGAUAGAAAUUUUACAAUGCUAUUGCGUAAUAAUGAAAUGACCAGGAUAAAUGGUUCUAUUUGUACGAAGGAAUAUCAUAAGACUGGUGGAGAAAAUGUAUUUGAAAUAGUAUUUGGUCUUUCACAUUUAAAUGAUAAAUCAGAAAAAAUACUUCAUGAUUGGAAUUUCAUUAUUAAAUAUUUGGAAUCAUCUAAAACACAGUGGUAUAAAACAACAGGAAUAAUAACAAGAAGUUCACAUGAUUCAGAAAAUUAUAAGGCUUGUUUGAAUAUUGAUUAUCUUCCAUUAUCAUUUGCAAAAAAACCCCAUACAUUAAAUGGUAAAAUGGUUUUUGGAUUACUAAAGGAUGAUGAAGAAUGUCCAGUAAAUGCAUCACAAAUAAUUUUAUCAGCAACAGCUGGAACUUCUGACAAUACCAGUUUAAUGUAUCAAAAUCCCGAUUUAAGUGAAAAAGAUUUAUGUCCCAAGGAAAUGUUAAAAUUAAUGCCAAUACCAUUAUCAAAUUUUUGUAAUCGUGAACAUUUUAAAAAUUUAACAUCAGUUAUUAAUUAUAAAAUUGAAAUGGAAUUUCAAAAUAUGCCAGAACGUUUUGAAUUUUGGGCAAAUCGUUUAGAUCAUUUAGUUGCUGCAUUAUCAGAAGAGAAACUUAAUAGCUUAGGUCUAAAUAAACAAUUAAGUGUUAAUGUACAUAUACCAAAAGAUCAACAUUGGUUAACAAUCGAUGUUAAUAAUGUAACAUCAAAAAUUUAUCAUGUACCAUUUUUACAAAUGUUAUAUGAUUUAAAUUAUGAGAAUGGUGAAUUUAAUUUUGAACAUGAUUCCGGAAUAAUUAGAUCCUGUUCUAUUAUUCGAAAUACUGUUAGUACAUUUGAUGGAAAUACAAUUUCGGCAACACCAUUUUUACAUACAAAUAAUGAAACAUGCUCAACAUUAUUAGUUGGAGAUUGUUCAACAGAGCCAAAGAUGGCAAUAUUUUUAACUGAAUCAUCAUCAUCUCCAAUAUUAUCGUCAUCAUCAUUGAAUGAAACUGAAACAAUAUUUGGCAUAAAAGUUUAUGUAGGAGGAAAUUAUUUUACAGUGAAACAACAAGAUACAAUUCCAGGCAGCCCAGUUAUUAUUAAUGUAAAUGAUGAACUAGAAAUAAAUAUUAGAGAAAAAGUUUUCGUUUACCCAAGUGGUGAAGAAAAUUAUGAUUUUAAAAUUGAAAUUAAUGAACAGAAUAUUUUAAUUAUUGAAAAUGAAUUGUUAUGGACGACAAUACAAUACGAUAUGAAAGAUAUUUUAAAUAUUGAAGUUUUAAAUAUUUUCAAAGAUAAAAUGUGUGGUCUUUGCGGUGGCAAUUCAUUAUACCAAAUGGAAAAUUAUCAUUAUUGUAAAUAAUAGUGUACAUGUAUAUAAAUAUUUAUAUAUAGGUUAUAUAUAUAUAUAUAUAUAUAUAAAUAUCUAAAUAUAAGUACAUAUAUUUUUAUUUUUUAAUACUAUUAAAAUUGU